AUGUGCAGCAUUCUACGCAAGGAUGACUUGUGGUAUCAUCAGGAGAUUGCCCAUACUGAGGGGAAGGGCAGGGCCAAAACUGCAUUUAAAGACAGAACCUACGCUUGUGAAGAAUGUGGUGAAACCUUCUUAUUCAAGUACAAACUCAAGAUGCAUAUAAAUAGCAAACAUUUGAAUGAUGCUGGCCAGAAUGCAAACGACUUCACGUGUGGAGAGUGUGGCUGCAAGCUGGGGAGUCUUCCAGGUUUAACAUUCCACAUGCGCAAACAUCACAAUAAAAGUUUGACAUAUCGCAAAACAACUGAAUAUUUAUGUAGUGACUGUGGGUUCAUGGCGCCAUCAAAUAAGAAGUUGAGGGAACAUCAAGAGGCCCACUGUGGUUCCUCCACCAAGCCAAAGGUGCAGUGUGAAAUAUGUGGCAAGACCGUCCUUAAAGUGUCCCUUAAAAUGCACAAAGUUAAGAUGCACUCUGAGUUUAAAGAACAGUGUGAUAGGUGUGGAGAACGAUAUGCCACCAAAACUGAUUUAUUGCGGCAUAUCAAUGUUGUGCACCUUCGCAUUCUCCUUUAUAACUGUCAGUACUGUGGAGAAAGAUUCGCCACUUCUGAUGCCCUUCGGUAUCACAGAGUUAAAAUGCAUGAAAAACCAUCCUUUUACUGUCAAAUAUGUGGUAAGUGUUAUAAGAGGGUUGGGGAACUUAAUACUCAUAUCAAACGUGCCCAUAAUGAUCGUAGGAAGGCAGAGGUUUGUACAUAUUGUGGCAAAGAGUACUAUGACCGUAGCAAGCUGCGUAACCAUCUGGUAAGUAAGCAUAAUAUUCCACAAGAAAUGACCUAUUCUGAAAAUUAUCUCCGGAAGAAACGUGUUGAUGGGUUACCUUUGGCGAAACACAUGGAAAAACGAUCUGGUAUGGAACAAAAGAUGACACAUAUGGUUCCACAACACCAGCAGCAUCCACAUAUGAGACCAGUUGUGGAUGAGGCGGCAGAGGCAGCUCGAAAUCUUGGAGCAUAUCAAGAAAUCACUACCACAGAGGAUGACAAUUCUCUGGUAGUAACAGAGAUAACUGAAGCACCUGCUCAGGUGGAACAGACUGUGCUGGUUGACCCACUAAGUGUCCCUCAGGGCAUGAUGCAUCAUCCCCAAGUGGCACACAUGCAACCCCCAAUGACCAUGCACCACCCCAUGCACCAGCAGAUGCAUCAUCAUGCUGCUAUGUCUCGUCUUGGUGUUCUUUACCAGAUGAACAUGCAUCACCCAGGGCCAUCACACCUCAACAUGACUUCCUACGGCCAUAUAGUAAAGAAACAUAGACAUCUGGUAGUAGGAAAUCUGGAGCUACUGGUGAAUAAUUACACAAAGCAGUAUCUGCAUUCAGAAAAGGAAAAAUUGAGAGAGGAUGUGUUGAGAGAAUUACUUGUGUUUCUUAAUCAGCCAUUGCUCAUCUUAGCAUCUCCUCUUUGUAACAUAAACUGA